CCAGCCAGGCGGGAGGAAAUGCAGCGCACUGUCAACGAGCUGGCGGCGCAGGGGGUGAUUGAGCGGUCAGACAGUCCUUGGUCCUCAGCGGUAGUCCUGGUUAAGAAGAAGGACGGCACGCAGCGCUUCUGUGUGGACUACCGGGCGCUGAAUGAUGUGACUGUCAAGGACUCUUACCCCCUGCCUAGGAUCGACGACACGCUCGACGCACUGGUGGGGGCCAGGUGGUUCUCCACACUCGACCUGAAGUCGGGUUACCACCAGGUGGAGAUGGCAGAGGAGGAUAAGCCGAAAACCGCUUUCUCUUUCGGGCAGGGUUUGUGGCAGUUCAACGUCAUGCCCUUUGGUCUCUGCAACGCCCCUGGCUGUUUCGAGCGCCUGAUGGAGAGGGUGUUGGAGGGCCUGCAGUGGAAGACAGCGCUCGUCUACAUCGAUGACGUCAUCGUCUUCGGGAGCACCUUCGAGGAGGAGCUGGAGCGGCUGGAGGAGGUACUACAGCGGCUGAGGAAGGCCAACCUCAAGCUCAGCCCCAAGAAGUGUUCGCUCUUCCAGCACGAGGUGCCGUUCCUGGGGCAUGUCGUCAGUCGGGACGGCGUGUGCACCGACCCGCAGAAGGUGGCAGUGGUGGAGAAGUGGCCCGUUCCCACCAAUGUGGCGGAAGUUAGGAGUUACCUGGGCCUGUGCACGUACUACCGCCGCUUCGUGCAGGACUUCGCCAGCGUGGCAGCCCCUCUCCACCGGCUCACCAGGAAAGGGGCGUGCUUCCUGUGGGACGAGGAGUGCCAGGCCGCGUUCGACGGCCUGAAGAAGGCACUGGUGGAGGCACCGGUCCUGCCUUACCCGGACCCGAAGCUUCCCUACCUGUUGGACACCGACGCCAGUGCCGAGGGCGUCGGGGCGGUCCUGUCACAGGUGAAGGACGUGCUAGCGGGCGUCGCUGAGGGGGAUGACAAGUGGCGUAAGGCGCAGCGUGAGGACGCUGAUCUCGCUCCCAUCAUCCAGUGGCUCGAGGCUGGCGGGGAGCGCCCCGGCUGGGAGGCAGUGGCGGUGGAGAGCCCCGCCACCAAGUGCCUAGUAGAUCAGUGGGAAACUUUGCGAGUAGACGAGAGAGGUGUGUUAGUAAAGCGCUGGGAGGCGUUGAGCGGCGUGGGUGGUGACGCGUGGGUUGUAUUAGUGCCCCGAGCCUUGCGCGCUGAGGUGCUGAGGGAGUUACAUGCCGGGCUUACCAGUGGCCACUUGGGCGAGAAAAAGACCCUGUGCCGUCUCCGUCAACGCUUCUACUGGGUGGGAAUGCGAAGUGACGUGUCCGAGUGGUGUAGAGCGUGUGACGUGUGCAGUGCAAAGAAGGGCCCCGCCAAGAGAAACCGAGCUCCGUUACAGGUGUACUGCGUUGGGGCGCCCAUGGAGCGGGUGGCCGUGGACAUUGCCGGCCCGCUGCCUCUCACGCCACGGGGUAACCGGUACAUCUGUGUGGUGAUGGACUAUUUCACCAAGUGGCCCGAGGCGUAUGCACUCCCUAACCACGAGGCCGAGACCGUGGCGGGCGUGCUGGUGAAUGAAUUCUUUACCCGGUUUGGUGUACCCGCGGAACUGCACUCUGACCAAGGCCGUGAGUUUGAGUCCCGAGUGUUCCGGGAGUGUUGCGAGCUGUUGGGGGUGCGCAAGACCCGGACGACGCCCCUCCAUCCGCAGUCCGACGGCAUGGUGGAGCGCUUCAAUCGGACCCUAGCGCAACAGCUGGCCAAGUAUUGCGGGGAAGGCCAAGAAGACUGGGACGUCAAGCUGCCCGCUAUGUUGAUGGCGUACCGGUCCGCUGUGCAUGAGGCACCGGACUACACGCCCGCCCGCCUUAUAAUAUGA